AUGGGGAUUGUUGUUAAUGGCUUGACGAAGAAGUUGUUCAAACUCCGCAAUAUUUCUUCUUCAACUACUAGGAAAGCUUCCUCAUUCAUCAGAAAGGACGAUGAUUCUUCAAUACUCCCCGUGUUGAUCGUGGGUGCAGGACCUGUUGGGCUUGCCCUUUCUAUUCUCCUCACUAAACUAGGUGUCAAAUGUUCAAUAUUGGAGAAACACACUACUUUCUCCAGGCACCCUCAAGCUCAUUUUAUAAAUAACCGCACCAUGGAGUUGUUCAGGAAAAUGGAUGGUUUAGCAGAUGAGAUUAUGAGUUUACAACCACCUGUUGAUCAUUGGAGGAAGUUUAUAUAUUGUACUUCUAUAACUGGUCAGAUACUUGGGUCUGUUGACCAUAUGCAGCCACAAGAUUUUGACGGAACUGUGAGCCCCAUCUCUGUUGCACAUUUUUCACAAUAUAAACUCAAUGAGUUACUACUACAGAAGGUUGUUAACCUAGGUUUUGACGUGGUUGACCACCAAGCCUUACGUUGUCAGAAUGAUGGCCUGAUUAAAGAGAAGCAGAUAUUGAUGGGGCAUGAAUGCGUAUCGGUUAAUGCUGCUGACGACCACAGCGUAACUGUCACUACAUCUUUUCUCAGGGAAGGGAGGUUAGUGAAGAAAGAUAUCCGCUGCAAUUUCCUUGUUGGAACAGAUGGUGCUGGAAGUACAGUCAGGAAGUUAGUAGGAAUUGACAUGGUAGGCGAAAAGGACUUGCAGAAACUCGUGAGCAUCCACUUUAUGAGUGAAGACCUUGGGAAAUAUUUAAUGACCGAGAGACCUGGAAUGCUGUUCUUUGUUUUCAAUGCAGAAGCAAUUGGCGUACUUGUAGCUCAUGACCUAGGGCAAGGGGAAUUUGUUUUACAGGUACCAUUUUAUCCUCCACAGCAAAAGCUUGAGGACUUCAGUUCUGAGAUGUGCGAGAAAUUUAUCCUCAAAUUGGUUGGUCGUGGGCUCGCUGACAUAAAGGUAAUGGAUGUGAAGCCAUGGGUUAUGCAUGCUGAGGUCGCGGAAAAGUUUCUGACUCAUAAUAAUAAAGUAUUGUUGGCUGGUGAUGCUGCCCAUCGCUUUCCUCCUGCAGGUGGUUUUGGUAUGAAUACUGGAAUUCAAGAUGCUCAUAAUCUUGCGUGGAAAAUAGCCGCCGUCCUCAAUGAUAUUGCACCUGUUUCUCUUCUUUCUUCUUAUGAAAUGGAACGGAAGCAGAUUGCCAGUUUUAAUACAAAGCUUAGUGUUCAAAACUUCAAAUCAGCUAUGAGGAUUCCUGCUGCGCUUGGUCUUGAUCCGAGAAUUGCAAAUGCAGUCCAUCGAGCUAUCAAUGAUACUGUGGGUAAUUUAUUACCGGAAACAGUGCAGAGGUCCAUUUUGGAUGGAAUUUUUAGCAUCGGUCGUGCACAGAUUUCUAUAUUGAAUGAAAAGAAUCCUCUUGGUUCCUCGAGGCUUGCUAAACUGAGGCAGAUAUUUGAUGAAGGAAAUAGUCUUCAACUUCAGUUUCCAGCUGAGGAUCUAGGUUUCAGAUACCUGAAAGGAGCAUUAGUGUCUGAUGCUGAUGAUUUGGCAGAUGCAAAUAAUUCAGAUGCACCCCUUGGGCGCAGAAGGGACUAUAUCCCGUCAGCAGAUCCUGGAUCUAGGUUGCCUCAUAUGAGUGUCCGAUUGUUGUCAAAUCUUUCAAAUAAGGAAACAAUUUCGACUCUUGAUCUUGUGUCUCUGGAAAAAGUUGAGUUUCUUCUUAUAAUUGCACCAAUGGAAAAGUCUUUCAGUCUCGCGCGAGCUGCGUUUGAAGUGGCAGAGGAACUUAAAAUCCAUAUGAAGACAUGUGUAAUAUGGCCGAGUGGAACUACUAAUGAUAAAAUCGGCAGAACAGAUGCGGCAUUAGAACCCUGGAAAAGUUUUAUUGAAGUUGUGGAAGUGAGAAAUCAUCCCAGUUCAGUUUCGUGGUGGGAUGUUUGCCAGAUGACAGACCAAGGUGCCAUUUUAGUAAGGCCUGAUGAGCACAUUGCCUGGCGUAUAAAGAUUGGAGUUACAGGAGAUCCUGUUCUGGAAAUGAAAAGAGUGUUUUGCAAGACAUUAGGGCUUUAA